AUGCAGGGCUUAUAUCAGGCUGCUGGCCGGAUUCUCGUGACUCUGGGGGCUCUCAGUGUAGUCUCUGGAGUUAUUGCUUUCUUCCCAGUCUUUUCCUACAAGCCUUGGUUCACAGGAUGGAGUGUCUGGAUUGCUUGUCCCAUCUGGAAUGGAGCUUUGGCCAUCACGACCGGUGUCCUCCUGCUGCUGUCUCACAGACAGUGGAUCCAGAGAUACCUGUGGGAAGCUGGUUUCACCUUUGUGAUUCUGAGCAUUAUGGGAUGUCCACUCCAUUUUGCAGUAGCCUUGGAAUCCGCUCUCCUUGGCCCGUAUUGCUUCUACUCUUUUUCCGGAAUUGCAGGGACCAAUUACCUGGGUUAUGCAGUUGCCUUUCCCUUUCCGUAUACAAGGUUCCCGUCAGUUUGUGUAGACCCACCUCACUAUGAAGAGUACCACCUGACGCUGCAAGCCUUCGACCUGUGCCUGAGUUUUACCAUGCUAUGUGUGUCCUUGACAUCGUUCAUCACACUUUCUGCAAGACUGAUCCGAGAUGGGCACAUAAAUCCCGUGGAGCCAGCUGUGCCCGAGAAUAGCCACAGAGAGCUUCCUAUUUUGCUCAAGCAGAAACGAGGCCAGUGUGUUUGA